AUGACGACCGAUAUCCGAAUCGCUCAACUAGUCGGCACUCUGGGCUGCGGCAUCACAGCCGGCAAGCAACCUCCUGCCCGAUCCAUACAGACCCUACCAGAUGCUAACAACACGAUACAAUACAAACAGGUGGCAUGUUUAGUCACAAUUCCCGCACUUUCCCUUCCUCCCCGCCAUCCUCCCUCCGCCACUCUCCCAGAGCACGAAUCCCCCGCAACCCCGGUCUCCCACCUCAGCCGCCAAUGGCUUGACGUCUACGAGCGCGGCAAACAUAUCUUCCCGCCUAUCGCCAUAGUAGCUUCUACGGCAAAUGCCUACCUCGCCUGGAGGCUGCAUGAUGUCCAGGCCCCUGAAACGGUGGGCUGUAGCUGGAGCAGCCUCUAUAUUGCGGCCGCCGGGACCACCUUGGGGAUCAUUCCAUGGACAUUGACUGCGAUGAAGACGGUCAAUGACCAAUUGAAGGCGCAUGCGGUGAGAGAUGAUGCUUCGACGGCAGAAGGGAGUGGGGGGAUGGUUGUGAGUGCAAAGGAGAAGGCUAUGCGCGCGAAGCAGGAUGAGCAGGUGCCAGGCUUGAUGCAGGAUUGGGCAUGGCUGAACUUGUGCCGGGCAGUAUUUCCACUUAUUGGAGGUGCGAUUGGUUUCGCUGGGGCGAUUUGUAUGGAUUCAAUUUGA